AUGGUUCUAUCAUACCACGAAGCCAUUGCCCUUCUGCAAAAAGAGGCACAGGCCCAAAAGAUCAACCGAAAUGGAAAAGAGCAGAUCCCCUUGCAAUCCGCCAUCAACAGAAUCAGUAGCGACACAAUAUGCACUCCCCACUCCACACCUUUGUGGGAUACCUCGGCCAUGGAUGGAUACGCCCUAAGUUCCAAGGUCACAGACCAAGCCAGCUCGCAAGAUCCGAUCGCCUUACCGGUGAUGGGUCUGAUUGCGGCGGGAAAAGAUCCCAUUUUCACAACCCCUCUAUCAGAUCAACAACCUCUGUUUUGCUUGGAGAUAAUGACUGGUGCUCGUUUCCCUGAUUCCCAACUCACCACGGGAGUGGAACUGGAUAGUUGUGUCAAAUUCGAGGAUGUCCACCGAUUCCAGGACCCUAUUACGGGGCAAAGUAUGAUCCAAGUCACCCGGCCCGUCGCAUAUCAACAAAAUCGCCGGGUGGCAGGGCACGAUUUCCCAAAAGGCCAAGUCGUCAUCGCCGCUGGCGAGCACAUUCGACCUCGUCAUGUGAUGGCCCUGGCUUCGGUCGGUGUGCAUCGAGUCGUCGUGCAGAAAAGACUGCAGAUCGGUCUAUACUCGACCGGAUCAGAACUUCUGUCGCGUUCGACUGAUCAACAGGAUGACUCCCAGAUCGAAGAUGUCAAUGGGCCUUACCUCGCAGCAGCCUUGACAGACCACACGGAUGCCGAGGUUCAUUUUCUGGGUAUUCUUGACGACCAUGCAGACAUGAUUUCCAACCAGAUCACGCGGGAUAUCACUGAAACCCGCUAUGAUCUGGUCAUCACCACCGGUGCAGUAUCCGCAGGUCGUUUUGAUUUGAUUCCCACGGCCCUUGAAACCUUGCAAGCACGAAUCCUGUUUCACAAGCUGAAUAUCCGACCUGGACAUCCUGUCCUGGCGGCACUCGUCGCUCGGGAAUCAGACGAGAACCACUCAACCCGUCUUCCUUUCUUUGGUCUCCCCGGAAAUCCAGUCGCAAGCGCAGCGUGUCUGCGGUUUCUGGUCUUGCCUUUUAUUCGAGUUUUGAAUGCGGAGGACUUGGAGAUACCGGUCAAGGCUCGUCUUACAGGGACCGACAUUGACAGUGACAGUAGAAGUGGGAGUGAAGGUCAAGGGCAAAUCGUAUCGAGGCCGAUGGCAUCUUUACCACCCGGGAAAGACGUCUUUCGUCCGGGGAUUUUGACCUAUGACUGGGAAGGGAGCGCUGAGGUGGUGUUGAUUGCGGAUCACAGCCCUGGAAAAGUCCGACCCUUUCUUCAAGGUAAUUGCUGGAUUCACUUCCCCUCGGGGCACAUCGAGGUAUGCCGUGGAGAUCUCGUGAGUGUAUACCCAGGUCUAUGA